GAUGACCAGAGACUGCGGACAUAGUACAGGGGAUGACCAGAGACUGCGGACACAGUACAGGGGAUGACCAGAGACUGCGGACAGUACAGGGGAUGACCAGAGACUGCGGACACGGUACAGGGGAUGACCAGAGACUGCGGACACAGUACAGGAAUGACCAGAGACUGCGGACACAGUACAGGAGAUGACCAGAGACUGCGGACACAGUACAGGGGAUGACCAGAGACUGCGGACACAGUACAGGGGAUGAUCAGAGACUGCGGACAUAGUACAGGAGAUGACCAGAGACUGCGGACACAGUACAGGAGAUGACCAGAGACUGCAGACA